CCCGCGGCCUGUGUCUCGCGCCGAGCCCCUCAGUCGCGUGGAGGCCCUUUUCCUUCUGCCGCGAAGAUGGCGGACGAGGAGCUGGAGACGCUGCGCAAGCAGAGGCUGGCCGAGCUGCAGGCCAAGCAUGGGGAUCCUUCCAGUGAAAUCGCACAACAAGAAUCGAAACAGAGGGAGACAGAAAUGAGAAAUAACAUAUUGGCUCAAGUUCUGGAUCAAGCAGCUCGUGCCAGAAUAAGUAACUUAGCACUUGUGAAGCCAGAAAAGGCAAAAGCGGUUGAGAAUUACCUUAUACAGAUGGCAAGAUUUGGACAGUUAGGUGGAAAGGUAUCAGAACAAGGGUUGAUAGAAAUACUUGAAAAAGUGAGUCAGCAAACUGACAAGAAAACAACAGUAAAGUUCAACAGAAGAAAAGUAUUGGAUUCUGAUGAGGAAGAUUAAUUAGUGAAAUAUAAGAUGGUCGCCAACUGCAAAUCUUUUGGAAUAUGUCAAGGAAAGUAUGAUAUACCUGACAGAAAUAUAGAUGAAAAGUUUACAGUUUGUUUUUCCUGUAUACAUUUUUUAUAUAAAUGGAAACCAAAUGAUAUCCUGGUCUGUAUAAUAAAAUUAAGUAAAAUGGUUUUCCUAGAUCAUUUUUAUAUUAAAAAGCCUGAGACAUAGGGGUUCACACAUUUGUCUCUUGGGCUUCCGCUUUCCUUUGACACUCCAUUGACAAGCACAUUCUGCUGUUGGCACCUCCAAAUGGCACGUUUGUCCUGCAUCUGCAACCAUAGGUGCAUAAAUCAAUGGAGAGUGAAAAAACUGCAUUGGAAAUAGCCACAGCUUUGUCAAUGUUAGUAGAGUCACAGGCAAAAUAUGUCUUGGAGAGAGAUGUUCAUUUGUACACAUAAGCUGUGGAAGUGGCGGGGGGGGAGGCGGGGUGCUGCACCCAUCAAAAGUUUCUGAUUUCUUAAUCAUGGUUAAGGGAUUGGGAGCAGCCAUGGAGGUAACCCAACCCCCCAACCAAGUGCAAAUUCUUCCCACCUGUCUCCUGAUGGCCUUAGCUUUGGUCAAUGUCUACCAGAAUUUGCUGUUAGCCAGGAUUUUGAAACUGACUUAAAAACAUUGCUUAACAGCAAAAUUUUGGUUGGCAUGAACCAUAGUUUAAAAGGAUCAGGAGCAGCAUGUGUACAUUAUAUGUCAUGUCAACUUGGGUACUAGAACACUUAGGCAGUUUUGCUGUAAUAAAUCUUUUGGAAACAAGCAAAGGGCUGGCUGGCAAAAAAAUAUGGUUCCAUGAUGUUGUAUGAUCUGCUCCAUUAUAAGAAAGUCUUGGCUAGCACAUCAUGAAAUUGAAUUAUUAGCUUUAAAAAGUAUUGUUUCACUAAGGUGCUUCCCCCGCCCCCCUUGUGGAGUAGCUAGUUAAUUCAGAAUGCUUCAACCAUUGGGCAUGAUACAGCCAAAUUGAUUUCAACAAGAGAUUGAUGUGCUUCAGUCUUCUGCACUAAAAUCAGUUAUGAGCUUAACUAUGGCUGGAUCACAUCCUUUAAGUAUAAGUGCAACACAAUCCUAUAUUGACAAAACAUGUUUAAUUUUAUUGAAGCUGUAUAUUUUAAAAUAUAUAGAUUUGUUGAGGCAGCUGCUCAAAUCCUCUGUGACCCAUCUUACCUGCAUGAUGCCAUUGUAAGUUCAUGUUGUGCCUUUUUGUUGGAGAAUGCUAUAAGAAAUGUUUAAUUCGUACACUGUACCAACAUCACAUGUAAGCCAGAAUGUACAGAAAAAGGUCGCCCUCUUUCUGACUUGUGGAGGUGAAGUAUAUAGUAGAGCUUUGAAACAGCUAUUAAAACCUUUCCAUAAAGAAAA